AAAACAUAAUCUGACAGUUGACAUUUCUUCACUGUGGUGAGUGGUGAUGUGUAACUAGAAAAAAAUUGUGCGUCUUAAAGCAAAGCCCAAGCAUGAACUACAACGCCAGUAGCGGCUCCCGACAUCCUGGAGGAGGCCCGAAAAAGCCCAAACGAGUGAGCGACAUCAAUGCAAUGGGCAGUCCAGCUGCCUCGGCUCCACAGUUCAAUGCAUUCGAUCAGGUUCCACCACCAAUGCCAAAUAAUCCUCCCUACGGAGUACCACCAGUUGCACCAAAUCAACAAUAUAUGGGCCCCUCCAAUGCUUACGGACAAGGAUUCAACCAGUAUAGCAACUUCCAAAAUGUUCCGCAUUCUUCACAACAGACGAUGCCGUUGAAUCAAUCGGGAGGAGCGCCACAACAACAGCCGGGGGCUAAUUUUCCUCCCCAAUUUUCUAUGUUUCAACAACCAAUUGUGCAGGAUAUGGCCCUACAAUACGGACAAAAGUUGGCCGACCAGGGAAAAGAGAUUGUGCACACGCAUUUCGAGAAGUAUAUUCCAGUUACGAAGUUGAAGUACUAUUUUGCUGUGGAUAAUCGAUACGUACUGAGCAAACUCCGGCUAAUCUUCUUCCCCUUCACCCAAAGGGAUUGGUCAUUGAAAUACGAUCAUGACAAUCCCGUACAGCCUCGAUACGAUAUUAAUGCACCGGAUUUGUACAUCCCUACCAUGGCUUAUAUCACUUACGUAGUUUUAGCCGGUAUGGUGCUGGGAUUUCAGAAUCGCUUCUCACCGGAACAGCUCGGAAUUCAGGCAUCAACUGCACUUGCCUACAGUAUUUUCGAGCUCGUCAUCUACACCAUCACACUGUAUAUUGCCAACAUCCCCACCACGCUGAAAACGCUUGAUCUGCUGGCCCUCACCGGUUACAAGUACGCUUCCAUUGUGUCGAUCCUGCUGUGCAGCAUUCUACUCCGGAAAACAGGCUACUACAUGUCUUGGAUGUACGCCAGCGCUUCGCUGGCAUUCUUUCUGCUCCGUACGUUGAAGGCUAAGGUGCUGUCGGAACCGGUGCACGUGCAGGACCCGCCCACCUACGAUCCGUACCGUCAGCAGCAGCAGCAGUUCGAGCAUACCGUCGGGCGCAAACGGAAGUUGUAUUUUCUGUUUUUGGUCACCGGUCUGCAACCUGUGUUGGCGUUCUGGCUGUCAAUGCAUUUGAUUCCUAACGACUCGGUAAUAGCGCCGGCGGCGGCUUUGUAGGCUGUCGCGAAGCUGAGAUUUGAAACGAUAAUCUAUCGAAAAGCGAUAUUUUUUAACUUUCUUAUUCGAUAUUGAUCAAAUAAAUGAAUAAUAUAACACUAUCAGUUACUAAUUAUAGAAAUUCAGAUUCUGCGUUUUACGUUUAGGAAUCGAGAGCAAGCCAACCCGGUGCCGACUAUCGUGUAUCUUUUCUAUUGCUUUAUCUAAUUUCAAAUAAAGUCAUUGGAAAAUUUUCUUUCUGUCA